GAGUCUCGGGAGUUGGUGGAGCUAUCUAUGAAGGCGGAACAUUUCCGCGCAAAAAAGACAAUCAGCGGUUAAGGAUUCCAUCUAAUCCCAGUGUGGGCCAGCAAGAGUAGCAGUAUGGUGAAGAACAGCUCUGGUAGCAUUGACCACCAUUAUGUGACGAGCACGGGGCCAACCUCCGGAGGAUCCAUGUCAGCAUCGUCAUCGGAUCGCGCACCCAUGUCACUGAUAAGCUCCAGUAUUCACAACAGUUACGUUGCAAAUAUGGCAGGAGGGAAUGGAACUGGAUCGGGCGUAGGAGUGGGAGGAGGCGGUGGAGGUGGUAGUGGCCGCGGUUCGCCCAUGCCGCAAGGUCCAUGUAGAGGUGCUUAG